AUGCAAAACAAAGAGGCGAUACACGAGGUUGAUAAACGAUUUGCUCGGUGGCUUUUGGAUUGUAAAAUUCCAUUUAAUGCUGUGAUGUCGCCAUAUUUCCAAGAUAUGUUAGAUGGUGUUGCUGGUAUUGGACCUGGUUACAAGGGGCCUUCUUAUGAUAAGUUAAGGGUUCAUUUGUUGGCUGAUCUUGAAAGAGAAAGUCAAAUGCUAGUUGAUAGUUAUAGGAGUGCAUGGAAGGAAACUGGAUGUACCCUCAUGGCUGAUGGUUUGUGCUUUCUGAAAUCAGUAGAUGCUUCCAGUAUCGUAAAAAAUGCUUCACACUUGUGUACUUUGUUUUCUGAGGUGAUUGAAUGGAUUGGCCCAAAUAAUAUUGUGCAUGUUGUGACUGACAAUGCAGCCAAUUAUGUUGCUGCUGGUAGGCUUAUCAAUAGAAAAUAUGAUAAUAUCUAUUGGUCACCAUGUGCUGCUCAUUGCCUUAAUCUUAUUUUAAAAGAUAUAAGCAGCAUGGCGCAUAUUUCUAACCUUGCAACUCGUGCUUCAAAGAUCACAGUAUUUGUGUACAAUCAUACGGUUUUCUUAUCUUGGCUAAGAGAAAGACCUAAGUGGAGAGAAAUUGUACGUCCUGGUGCAACCCGGUUUGCAACUGUGUUUAUUACAUUGAAGAGCAUCUUUGACCGUAAAAAGGAGUUGCAACAAUUGGUUGUAGAUUCAAUUUCACUGAUCACAAAUUAG